CAUUAACGCCAGUAGUUGAACUUCAAAUUUCAAAAACAAAAAAAUUAAUUCAAUCGUAAUGUACUGUUUCCAAUUCGGCUCGUGCUUAAAUCAAAAAUAUCCGUUUGGUGGAAAAAUCAAAAACACAUCUUUUUUAGCAUUUGAAAUUCUAUUUUAACUCCAUGACGCGCCAAUGGAAGUUUGGGAAGAGAAUUAGUACGUAUAAAAAGCGUAAUAAUGGUGGUGGAACACAGACUGCUGGAACAUCAGGUGCCGGCGGUGGUGGCGGCGGCGGAGGUGGUGGAGGCGGAGGAACUCGAAACACAACCAGUUCGGGCAACAUGUAUGCCACCCGCCAAACUGUAGGCGCCUCAACGGGGGUACUUAUGGUCGGACCAAAUUUUCGUGUUGGUAAAAAAAUUGGCUGUGGUAAUUUCGGAGAACUGCGUUUAGGCAAAAAUCUGUACAACAAUGAACACGUAGCAAUAAAAAUGGAGCCUAUGAAGUCAAAGGCUCCACAACUACAUUUAGAGUAUAGGUUUUAUAAACUAUUAGGAUCACAUGAUGACUGCCCAGAGGGUAUACCGCGUGUGUAUUAUUUGGGCACAUGCGGUGGCCGUUAUAAUGCCAUGGUAUUAGAGUUAUUGGGACUGUCCUUAGAAGAUCUCUUCAAUAUUUGUUCCCGUAAAUUUUCUCUUAAGACUGUACUGAUGAUAUCUAAGCAACUUCUCCACCGGAUCGAAUAUGUUCAUAGUCGGCACUUAAUCUAUAGGGAUGUGAAACCCGAGAACUUCCUCAUAGGCAGAACAUCGACGAGGCGGGAAAAAAUUAUACACAUAAUUGAUUUCGGUUUGGCCAAAGAAUACAUUGAUUUAGAUACAAAUAGGCAUAUACCAUAUCGGGAGCAUAAAUCUCUCACCGGCACCGCACGUUAUAUGUCAAUAAAUACACACAUGGGCAGAGAGCAAUCAAGGCGCGAUGAUUUAGAAGCAUUAGGACAUAUGUUCAUGUAUUUCUUAAGAGGUUCACUGCCGUGGCAAGGCCUUAAGGCUGAUACACUUAAAGAAAGAUAUCAAAAAAUUGGUGAUACAAAACGUGCAACACCCAUUGAGGUGCUUUGCGAUGGACACCCCGAAGAAUUUGCAACUUAUUUGCGUUAUGUGCGGCGAUUAGAUUUUUUUGAGACGCCCGAUUAUGAGUUUCUGCGAAGACUGUUUCAAGACUUAUUCGAUCGUAAGGGCUAUGUGGAUGAUGGAGAAUUCGACUGGACAGGGAAGACAAUGAAAAAAAAUUUCUUCAUUUUGGAACAACUCGAACAAAUGAAGGUCAUUAAAAAUGCGCCACCUUCACAUUUAGCAAAAAAUAAAUCCGACAAGUCAACGCCCGUCGGAUCUCUGCAAACUGGCCAUGAAGUCAUCAUUUCACCAAAUAAAGAUCGUCAUAAUGUAACAGCUAAGGAUAUAUCAUAUUUUGAUUAUGAGGAUGACGAUGAUGAUGGUGAUGAGGAAUAUUUAAUACUCGAGACAAAUGCCAAAGGAGGUGUUGCUGCGUGGCCGGAUGUGCCAAAACCAGGCGCCACCCUUGGCAAUCUAACACCGGCCGAUCGGCAUGGUUCAGUGCAGGUUGUGAGUUCCACAAAUGGCGAAUUGAAUGCGGACGACCCGACUGCUGGCCACUCAAAUACUCCUAUAACGCAACAGCCCGAAGUGGAGCUUGUCGAUGAAACAAAAUGUUGUUGUUUCUUUAAACGAAAGAAGAAGAAAUCAUCACGUCAAAAAUGACUAGACGGUGUCCAAUGUAGUCCAGAACGCGAAGCGGUAACACUGCUGCGCGCCACUUCACAUUCAAAUUCACGGGAUAGCGUAUUGAAUAAUCCUAGUCAGGAUUAUAUACAACAGGCAACGUCACAGCAUACGUUGCGUUAUCCUCCAUCCGCGUCGAUGUUGACGCCAACACCAACUACAAACACACCGACACUUCCGUUGUAAUUUAUAAAUACAUACAUGCAUACAAACAAACAUACAUACUACAAUACAUUUACCAUUUAUUAAAUUUAAAUGAAAGUUAAAAAAUCAAAAAAAAAAAUAAAAAAAAACAACAAACGUAAAAAAAUAUUAUAAAAAUCAGCUGAAAAAAUACAAAAAGAAAGUAAAAGAUCAUAAAAAAAUGGAUGUAAAAUCCACACAAAAAAAGUAAUAUGUAAUUACACAAGCCCACACAAAUUUCAUUUAAAUUAUUAACAGAAAAGCGAAAAUUGUAAAACAGAAACAAACACAAUAACAUCAAGAAAACGGCAAAAACCCGAAAAAUACUAAACGUAAUUAAGUGAUUGUAAAAUAUACAGACAGAUGCAUACACACACGCACUCAUCUAUGCAUGAAGAACCAAGCUAAGGGCGCCUGUUGAGUCGUUAUUGUUGGCUAUGUAAGUGGAAAAAUAGUUGUAUGCCGAGAGAAGAGGGGCAUUUCUAAAAGAUAUAAAUUUAACAAAUGAAGAGAAAAGAUUUUACUUGUAACAAAACUUUAAAAGCUGUAAAAACUACUUUUAAAACGAGUAAGGGCAAUUUCGAAUAGUACAAAAUUUCGGAAAAGAAUAAUAUUUCAUUUAUAAUGAAACUUAAACAGCUAUCGGAAUUUUUGUUAGACUAGGGAGAGUAACGGCUAUAAUGUGCAGCAUUCGAAAAGACUAAAAUUUCAUUUGUUACGAAACUUGAAGAGCUGCCAAAAUAAUUGUAAGGCGAGUUAAGAUCGUUUCGAAAAGGUGUAGCAUUCGAAAAGUUAAAACUCCAUUUGUUACGAAAUUUGAAUAGCUGUCAAAAUGAUUGUAAACCGAGUGAGGGUCAUUUCGAAAAGCCUAACGUUUCGAAAAUACCGAAUUCCAUUUCUAAUGAAACUUGAAAAGCUGUCGAAAUGAUUGUAAGACUAGUCAAGGUCAUUUCGAAGAGGUGUAGUAUUCGAAAAUGUCAAAAUUCCAUUUGUUAAUUACAAAAUUUGAAAAGCUGUCAAAAUGAUCGUAAGACGAGUGAGAGUCAUUUCAAAAAGGUCAACGUUUCGAAAAUUCUAGAAUUCCAUUUCUAAUGAAGCUUGAAAAGCUGUCGAAAUUAUUUUAAGACUAAAAAGAGUCAAUUCGAUAAUGUGCAGCAUUCGAAAAUACUAAAAUUUGCUACGAAAUUUGAAGAGCUGGCCAAAUUAGGCGAGUCGAAGUCAUUUCAAAGAGGUUUUCGAAUGCUACGAAAAUGUCAAAAUUCCAUUUGCUACAAAAUUUGAAUAACUGUCAAAAUUAUUGUAAGACUAGUGAGGGUCAUUUCGAAAAGGCUAACGGUUCGAAAAUACCGAAUUCCAUUUCUAAUGAAACCUGAAAAGCUGUCGAAAUUAUUUUAAGACGUGUCAAGGUCAUUUCGAAAAGGCCAGCGGUUCCAAAAUAUCGAACUUUAUUUCUAAUAAAACAUGAAAAGCUGUCGAAAUGAUUGUAGGACUAGUCAAGGUCAUUUCGAAGAUUGUAGCAUUCGAAAAUGUCAAAACUCCAUUUGUUACAGAAUUUGAAAAGCUGUCAAAAUGGUCAUAAGACGAGUGAGAGUCAUUUCGAAAAGGCUAACGGUUCGAAAAUACCGAAUUCCAUUUCUAAUGAAACCUGAAAAGCUGUCGAAAUUAUUGUAAAACGAGUCAAGGCUAUUUCGAAAAGGCGUAGCAUUCGAAAUUUUUUUCGAAAAGAUGUAGCAUUCGAAAAUGCCACAAUUCCAUUUAUUACAAAAUUUGAACAGCUGUCGAAAUGAUUGUAAGACAAGUCAAGGUAAUUUCGAAAAACUGUAGCGUUCGAAAAUAUUAAACUUCCAUUUGUAACGAAAUUUGAACAAUUUUAAAAUGAGUGAGGGACAUUUCGAAAGUGUCAAUUUAAAAAAAAAAAAGAAGCAAAACAGACCACUCAGGCAAAACUAGAAAAGCCGCUGCUCAGAGGAAUUCUAUAGUUGUAUGCAUUUUCAGCGGUGUGGCAAGUGCAACAAAAACUAUUUCUGCUUAAAAUAAGGCUGGUAAAGUGCACUCAAAAGUAUUAUAGAUUUACAUAUUGGUAAAAACAUGAAACAAAAGAAAAAAAAUGAAAGCUUUUCAGUUAGUUGCUAGUGGAGUGAAUAAGUUUAGACUCAAAAUUGCCAUAUUUGCACCCCCAAAAAAUAAUUAAUAUUUAAAAGUGCGUCUAAAAGAGUUCUGAAAAAUAUUCAUAGCAUAACGCUUUUUGCUAUUAGUAUACAGAAAAACUAUCUGAAAUACUUUUUUGUUUGAACAAAUGACUGCUAAACAGCCAUCUUUCGAAAUGGAAAUGCUCACUCUCUGGAUUCCAUUAUUUUUCAUUCGCCCGUCAAAGUAAAAGUGUGAUCGAUACUGUGUCACCAUUAACGGCUUGUCAAAACAUUUCCAACACCUCUUCCCUCUCUACUUCACAUCCAUUUAUUCGAACGCCACCUACUAUGCUCAUCCUUCAAAAAUGUACCAUUUCAUUAGCUACCACAGACUCUUCAUCCAACCCCUCCACCAGCACUUGCGCCAGCACACCCAGCCUGCCAUGCAAAAAAAAAACAAAAA